AUGAAAAAGGAACUGAAAGGAAAAAAACUAAAGGGAAAUGUUAACAAUAGUGCUGGAGUUAACAAUUUUAAAGAGGAAAAGAAAAAAAUUAAGAAAAAAAAAAAAAUUUUUUUCAACAGCGGAAAGGUUGUUCUUCCAAAUGCGGCUUAUGGGGGUACCCUAAACACAGGGGCAAACAUAAAUGCGAAUAUAAAUAACCUAAAUUUUGGCCCUGCUCAAGGAGAAGAAAGAGAGGCGCUUCAACAGAACAUAAGAAUUGGCCCCCGAACGAUAGGGGGAAGUGGACCACCUGCACACGGAUAUGUCCAAGGAGGAGUAAUAAACAACGCUGCAAAUAAAAAUAGAAAAGGCAUUUUACAAAAUGUGAAUAUUUCACAAAGGGGGAAUGACAAUGAUGGUAAUUAUUUCUCCACAAAUGUGGACGGAGGGAGGAACGCUUUCCAUGUGAAAAAUAAAAUAUUAAACAAGGAUGGAAGUAGCGCCCUAGGGACGAAUAAGAGGCUUUACAGAGGUGUAGGAAAUCCCAAUGAGGUAAACACCGGGAGGUUGGAUAGCCAGUCCACCUUUAAGGAGGGGGGCGUCGUUUCACUAGGUGGUGCAGGCGCAGUAGCAGUAGGUGACAGUUUAAUGACAAGUGGAAAUACUUUCGAAAGUGCAGUCGGAACGAAUAACAGAAAGGAAAACCAUGUUAGAGGAAACCUGAGGGUAGGAAGUAAUAUGCCCCAAAGAAAUUAUUAUCCAUUCAGUAGCAGCCACUACAUAGGAAAAUCACCCACUAAGCUGAAUUUGGCCUACACACAUAAGAUAUACAAAAAUCGGGCCAAUAUUUAUAACAAAAAAUAUUUUAAAAAUAACAAAAUUGUUAAUAAUAAUAUGACUGGUCAGGUAAAAAAAAACGUGUUUAAUCCUAUCCAUAAUUAUGAUGCCAGUUUUGUUAACAAACUGGGAAGUAAGUCCAUGUUAGAUAUGAAUGACUCUGCGAAGGGAGACCAUUCAGAGGAUACGUAUUUUGAGUUUUCAGGAAAUGGAAUGAAUACAGAUGAGGGGGGUAGGGAUGAUUUUGGAGCCUUCUUCGAUGUGGGUACAGGGACGCGUAAUGCCGUUUUGGACCCUACCAGUUGUAAGGCUGAGCAGGGUGGCUACUCUCAGUACGAUGUUUUGGCGGAAAAUAUCGUCCAGGAAAUCAGCGAAUGCGGAAGAUGCGGUAGGUGCGAGAAAUGCAUUGGUUUUAGUCUGUAUAGCAGUGCGGCGAUGAACGGUAUGUCGGGCAAGGAGAAGCGCGAGAUAGGGGAACCUAACAUCUCUGCUUCAAUUGUAGAAGAGGUAGAUACAAAUCGGAUGGAAGAAAUGGACCAGCAGAUGCUUAGCGAGCAAAUGAGAAAGGAGAAAGAAGCAUUUGCGCAAUGCUAUUUAGAAAAAAUAAUAAAACUUCUGUCUAAGAAAGUAAAACGUAUGUUAAUUGUGACAGAUAAGGAGUGCAUUCAUUUGGUAAGAUCCAUUGUAGAGCUUCUACAGUGUGUAAAAAAGAUAAUAAAUUUUUCUGAGCAGUACCACUUCCACUACAGUAUAUUCGGCAUCGUAUUAAAUAUCUAUGCCAAUAUAUGUGUGAAGAUAUUUGCAGAAAAUGAUAUUUUAAAAGUAGCAAAUUUGAAGUGUCUGGUAUGCUUGUUCGAAAUUCUGAUUAUGCUAAGAAGAGACUGCUUCAACCUUUCCUACGCUUUUUUUUUAUUUGUAAAUUAUUUGAAGAGCAACAUCGAUGGGAUUGAUAUACUGACAAAGAAGAACUUAAAAUACAACGCCAAGGUUGUGAAUAAUGACGAGAAGAUAUUUUUUAAAAUGGUAAACUCCUUUGUUACGCUCUUCUCGCUUUGUGCUGAAUGUCAAAGUAUCAUGGUUCGGGUGGAGUCUCUCAAGUCAUUUAACUAUGUUUUGGGCAUGCUGAAGUGCAAGAAGGUAGAAAAGGGUGUAGGGAGUGACAUAGGCAAUAUCGAUAUGGAGAAAGACAACCUUACUGAUCAGCGCGAACCGAGUGAUGAGACCCCCUCUGAUGUGUUUGCCCCGUUCAGCAGAACCCUAAUUGUGGGAUGCCUGGUUGGAAAAAAGGGGACCAUGUUCAGGGGGCAUACUACGGGGAAAAUGAUAAACCUGCAGAAAUAUUAUUUGAAUUUUUUUAAAAGCAAUUACAUGUAUUCAGAGGUGUACACACAGGAUGGGGGAGAUGCAGGGUGGAGAGACCUCUCCAAUAGAGGAAGUUGGCAAGAGGGGGGUACCUCCCAACCUAGUUGUGUUAAUAGAAAUAUGGGAUCGAAAAGGGGAAAUGUAAAUUUGUACAAAGGUAAUAUGAGUAACAUACCAAAUCAACAGUGGGCAAAAAAUAAUUGGCAAGAACAUAGAAACUUCACAAAUGAUCAAAUUGGGAGGAACAGGAAUAUAGAGGAAAGAGAAUACAAAACAAAAAACUCUAUUUUGUUAAUAAACUUUGAAACCAUUUUUAAUAGCGAGCCCAGUAAUGGUUGGUUGACGAACAAAAUAGACGACGAGGAUGAACAACAUAUUUUGCUCUUCAUCCUCAGGAUUUUCGAUUUGUUUGUUGACAUGUAUCAAGAUAAAGAGAUAAGUGAAAUGAUACAAAAAAACAUUGUGUUUUUUUUAAACCACACAGAUGUGGACAUUUUCCGUUACGUGACAUAUUUGAUUAGGAAAAUUUCGCACAUCGUUCCGAUAAAUAAAAGUUUUUUUAAUAAAUAUAUAUCUGUUCUUUUGAAGAAUUUAAAUAGGGAAAGACGCAAGUACAUAUUCCUCAUGCUAUCCUAUAGUGAAUAUGAAAAGAAUGGUUUGUACGUUGUCUUGAAUUUGUUGAAAAAUUUGUGCAUUUAUAAUUUCCAUUAUAAAACAAACAUUCACUUGAUAGACUUUGACAGUAUUUCCCAGGAUUCUUUGAAAAGGAAUUUGGGAGAGGAGAACGACUGUGCGGGUGGUACAGGCGAUGGGGUCACUGGUAGGGGAAAUGGCAUCUUUGAUGAGUACAACAUACAUCCAUCGCUUAACCCAACGAAUGAUGAAUCCUUUGGUCAGGCGAAAGACUAUAGUAAUGUUAACGAGCAUGAAGUGUACCUAGUAGACCACAUGAUACACAACAAUGAAGAAUGGUGUUCUGUUUACGCCGUUUUGAUUGUGCUAUCAUUUAAAUACCCUAGUUUGAUAUUUUCUUUCUUUUUUAAUAAAUUUAGAAAAAAUUUUAUACAGAAUAAUGACAAUUGUUUACCUCAUUUUAAUUUGUUCGAUUGGUCUCAGAGAUUUGGGUACUACAUAUCGAGUGGUGUUUUGAAUUCCGCUUUGGAGGGUGAGACCCAAGUGAAUUCCCGCAUGUUGAAAGGGAUAAUAAGUGGUGAUAGAGGUGAUGUCCCAGAGGUUGGUGGUGGUGAUGAUGAUGGUGAGGAAGAGGAGGAUUAUGGGGUAAGUCCCACGAGUGAAGGUGUGGGCGGGAACGAAGGGGCCAUUUUCACAGAUAAGAGGAGGGUUGAAUCGAGUGAAACGACAAAAAUUAGCAGUACCACCAGUGAGGUAAACCAGGUGGAUACCCAUUUCAGAGCGGGAAAGAAGGAGAAUCUUCCAUGCAAGGAAGAGGUAGCAUUGGAAUUGCUAACCAAUCAGAUGUACGCCUUUUUGGAGUAUCCGCACUGUGUCCAACCAAUGAUAUGCAAUCGAGAAUGGAGUUUCUGUUAUGUGUAUAUAUCUAGCAUCCUUAACCUUUUUUUUAACAAAAAUGCUUCUUUCUUUGGAGAAAAUUGUUUUUUUUUUAAAAAAAAUAUAUGGCGCUUAUUGCACGACGGAUCGAAUUUAAAGACAAACCAUUUUUUGGAAUAUUUAGAAAUGUUUAAGGAUUCAAAUUUUAACUACAUAAAUGAGAGUAGAGAAUUGGUGGAGAUGUUGAACUGUGCGAUUAACCCUUCGGACAAGGAAAGAAAAUUGGUGCAAAAAUCCGAGGAGAUGAGUGAGAAGUUAGAAGAGGCAAUCUGUAUGGGAAGAGAAUUAAUGAACAAAUGGAGAAAAAUGAAGAGCAGUAUGGAGAUGGUUCAGUGUGAUGAUCACACAGGGGAUGACCCAGAUGAAGAUCUAAUACAUUUUAAACAACCCUACAUGAAAUACUCUCGUCGUUUAUCCGACAUGAUGGAGGAUCACAUGGUUAGGAAUAUUUUUUUUCAAAUUAUGGUUAAGGAUUCUUACUCGCCGAUUGAUCCUCCCAUUCAACAGUAUGAGAAGUAUUUACGGCAAGUUAGCGUAGAAUUGAUUGCGGCUCGGUUGAUAGACAAGGAGGAGACAGGGUUCACCCACUUGUGCUACUUCCACAGGGGGGAUACUUCAUUGAGUAACCUUUUUUUGGGUAAUGAUCCAUUUGUAGAAAAGGAGACCACCGAUAUGGAGGUUCCAUUUUCUCAUCACAGUGUAGCGAACAAGGGGGAUAUUUCAAACAGAAAUGUAGGGAAAGAUGGACCAAACAAUUUGGCGCAACACCCUGCAGGUGAAAGCCCCGUUGGAAAGGAUACAAAUAUUGAUUUGUCCAACGGGAUUGAGGAGGAACGUAUUCUUCUCGAUGCGAUUAUUAAAAGAAAUGUAAAAAUGGAGGAGCAGAAUAGGAAAGGCUUUGUUAAUUUGGAGAGCACUCUACAAUACUCCAUUGAAGAAGGGGAUGCCCAGGGCAAUAAACAGACUCAGAUUUUUAGAGCAUCCGAAAAUAGUUGCGGCGAAGACAAAAUCGAAAAAGAAAUUCAAUCACACAAUUUGCUUGGGCACGUUGUAAAAAUGUGUGGAAUUGAUACCGAAGGAGAAAAAGGAGUAGAACGAAGGAUAGCCGAGGGAAGGGACAUUUUACAAAAGCGGAAUUUUACAGAAUUUAAAUUUUUGAAAGUGAAAAUAAAAAUUUUGCAUGAAGGAGGGAAGAACAACGGAAUUCCAAGGCAGGAAAAUAUUAUAAAUUUUGAGAAGGAAUAUCCAGAAUAUUUUUAUCAUAAAAAGGUUAUCAAUAUAAAUCAUAAAAUAAACAAAAAAUUGAUUAAAAUUUAUUACCUGUUCAGUGCGAAUUAUUUUUAUACCAGAAAUAUAUCGCAGAUUAUUCACACCAUCGUAAGUAAAAUCUACGAGGAGAACUUUCUUCUGUUUAAUGCGUUGAAGGAUUGCUUUUGCAAUAUUCCUCGAAGUGGAGAAAAUGUAUGGAACAAUUUUGAAGUUAAAGGAAAGAAUUUUCUUCACAAUUCUGUUUGGAAAGUAAAGAAAGGGAAAUACUUUAAAGCUGUCGAUUCGAUGGAGCAAUUUAAUCAUGUGCUAGUUGGGGUGGAUGAACUGCUAAAUGGGAAGGACAAGAAGAAUGCCAGUAAGACAUAUUCAGUAAACGUUUUAAUAAACAAGAUAUUAAAAAUAAUUUUAAAACAUUUGAAGAAUACAAAUUUUAUAAAUUAUAAUAAGUGUUUGAAAUUUCCUUUUCUCUUUUUGUCUUUUUUUGACAUAAAAAUUAAUUUAUCUUUCGAAAUGGAUUCACUUGCAUUUUUGGAAGAGCUCGAUCAGGGAAACUUUAAAAAUAUCCUCUUAAAUUUGCCAUACCAUGUUAGGCACUUUUUUGGCAAUUUAUUUUUGUAUAUAGAGUACGAGGAUAUUUUCCUUGUGGACACGGAAAAGUGCCAAGUGAGGGAGAUUCCUCCUCUGCCAAGGAGUAGUCAAUGCCAAAGCAGGCGACACCGGAAUAAUUUAACAACAUACAAUUUUAUGGUCGAAAAUAUUAUCGCAGAAGAUUAUUCUUUGAAGUAUUUAAAAAAUAUGAAUAAGACAAAAAAGAAGGAAACAAAGAAUUCUCUUUUUGCAAAGCGGAAAAAAGCAAAGGCGGAAAUACAAAAUGUGAAGAAUACCUCCGACUAUGAACUAGAGGAAAAAUAUUUGAAAGUGCACAAUGCUAACGUAGGGAAUGAAGAAGAGGAAAAGAUAAAAAAACGAAGCAGUCCAUUCAAAAAAAUAAACAAAUUGAAUUAUUACAAAAUAGAUGUUAGUGAAUGGAAUAUAAGAAAUUUCCGAUGUGCAGGCGAUAAACUUGCCGGUUACAGAACACCAUGUAGAAGAACUAUAAUUGUUGAAUUUAAAAAAACAGUUCAAAUGAAUUUUGAUUGCUCUUCCACUUUGCCCGUUAAGUGCAAAAUAAACUUCUGCUAUUACCACUUGGUGGACGGCGCGUUCCGUUUUUUCCCUCUAACCAGGACGAAGCAUAUUUAUGUGCAUCCUUCACAGUGA